AUGGAUAACAAAGUAUGAAAUCCAUGUACUGGUUUAGUGGUAUCUAUGAAAAAAUAUAUUUAUUCAUUUCUUAGUGUAUAGUCUAUUCUAUCUGAACAUUUAUCCAGUUUUGAUUUUGUUGAGUGAGUUUUUUGAGAAGUGUUUGUUCAUUGCAGUUGGUUCAGCGCAAUUUGAUUCAACAAUUUGCCACCAAUUAGACGUACAAAUCAGAGGUCGUAGUGGUUGCGAUUUGAGAGGAAUGUGUUGUGGUGAUGAAAUAAAUGUUAAAUGAUAAUAUAUUUUUUUUAUUGUAUGGUUGCUAUUAGUUUCAGAUAAAUAUUGGUUACUAUUGGUUAAUUGGACAUGUUUUUUGAUUUAUAUUAUUUGUUUUCAAUAAUAUAUUUAGUAAAAAUUGUAAUGAUGACUGAUAUUUGAACUCGAUACCAUUGCAUUAAUAUUAUAAACGUUGUCUGUAAAAAUGUAAAAGUUUGUUUAAAACGUAUUUAUAGUAAUUAAUAACACACAAGAUUGAAAAUAAAAUCUAUAAAAAACUGUCUGUUUAAAUGUAUGGUUCUUACUGACUGUGACUUACUGACUACCAUUCCAGUUUAAAAAGUUCAAAUUUUCCGUGAAACUAUGUUUUUUUGCGACCAUAAAUAUGGCACAAGAUCAAAUAUUAAAUGUUGCUGGUUUAGACCUAACUGUUCAAUGUUUUUCCUAUGGUCAAUUAUAUGUAGCUCUGUCGCGUGUCACAUGCAAAAAAAAAUUGCUGGCCCCAGAAGGUGAGACACUUAAUGUGGUGUAUCUAGAAAUAUUUAAUGCUUAAGGCAAACAGUAAUUUUAAAUUUAAAAAUAUAUCCCAUAACAGAAUACUUUUAGUCUGCUGAAGGUGGACUACCUACUUUCCACUUAUUUGUUUUUAUUCAUAACUAAUACUGUCAAAACCAAAAAGGAAUAUGGAUAAAAAGAUAAUAAAAUUUGGCAUGGGCAAGGGUGGGGGGGACAGCUAGUUUAAUAUAAUAAUGUUGUUUGGAUAUAUGUGUCCAUUAUUCUAUGUAUAGAACCUAUGUAAAACCUAUGUAUUAACCUAUGUAAAAUCGUACCUACUAUUCACUUUCAAUCAAUUGACAGUUUUUAUGACCAUGGGCUUUUCUGUCACAUCAACGUAACUUUAUUUCUAUUUGAUGAUUAAUGAUUCAAUAAAACAGUUCUUUAUUCUCUUCAUAAAAAACAUGUGUUUAUUUAUUUAGAUGAAUGUCAUUUUCCCAUUUUUCUCCUUACAAAAAUCUUAGGACUCCUUGGUUCUAGAUUGGCAACCUUGCUCCUAGGCGGGUAGUCAACUGGCCGCUCGGGACUGUUCUCAAAACAAGGCUGACCGAACCGGGACGUCUUAAUGUAUUAAUUUAAACAUUUUAGUUGCCUGUCAAUGAGAUUGGUAAUGAAAAAGUUGUAACAGCAGUUAAUGAAAUAUCAUGGUUAAAUAUAUCAAUGCAAUCUAAUAUUAGUAAUACUGACAAAUCAUCAUCUAUAAUUCAAGUAAUUUUAUUAUGUUUAAUUAGGCUGUUGUUUAAUGUAAUUGCUAUAGCCGUUUAGUAUUUAUUAAAAUACAAUUUGCCCAUUAUGUAAGUUAUUGCCAAUAAUAUAAGCUGUGAAGGAGUAUCACCAUUAGAUGAAUCUAUGCAGUUGAAUACCUGUCCUUUGGAAACUUCAAGUUCAAGUAAUUUACUUUAUAAUAUAUAUAUCAUAUUAUCACAAUAUUAGUUUUUAAUGUUUAAUUUAAUAUGUAUAGGAAAAUAUGAAUUCUUCAUAUUUGAUUGCUGCUAGUGGUGCCGCUGUUUAUGAUACACUAAGCCAUACAUUUUUGAAGCAAGCAAUUCAUAAAUUAUCCGAUCAAUUAGUAGCUAAGAAUAGAAAAUUGAAGGUAUUGCAACAAAAUUUGAGACUAAAAGAAAAAAAAAAUUGCUUCUUUGAAAACUAUCAUACUUCAACUUUAGAAGUAAAAUCUCAUCACCGAAGAUGCUAAUGAUAUUUUAUUAUACUAGUUUGGUAAGCAUAAAGAUUAAACAACAAACUGGUAAAAAAAAAAAAAAAAAUGCUAAUAAAAAAGUACAGCCCUGCUGUAUAACAAUUUGCUUUAUCCUUGAACUUGCUGUAACCCAAAGCAUAUAAUUAUGUCAGGAAAAGGUUUAAUACAAUUAGGCCACAUUCACGCACUUUAUCAAAAUGGUAUUCACAUGUUGAUGCCAAACCGAGAUUUAUAAAUGGAGCUUUAAAAAUACAAUUUUCUAGUUCAGUAAUUUGUAGCAUAAAGCUAGAUGAGAUGGCCAUUCGUCAUCACAGAAUUUGAUGGAAUAAAUUAUUAUGGUGGAAUAGAUCUAGGAAGUAGGAACAGGUAUGUUUGCUGAUAAUUUGGAAAAAGCUAAAGAAUAUCUAGUUUUCAUGGUAGUGGCAAUUAAUAGAAACUGGAAAAUACCUAUUGGGUAUUUCCUAGUGAUUAGUUUAAACGGUUUACAAAAUGUUGUGCUUACUUAACACGCGUUGAACCCUUCUUUUAAAGAAUACUAAUGUAGUUGGUUUAACAUUUGAUGGAGGCUCAUUAAAUGUAGCAAUAGCACGGAUUCUUGGAUGGGAGUUUAAUAUUAACACAUAAAAUAUAAAAUGUGAAGAUGUAGUUGUAUUUUUUGACCCUCCACAUAUGGUACAACCAAUAGGUUUUACUUUUGGAGAAAAAAAAACUACUUGAUGGUGAUGAAAAUAUAACAGCAUUCAAUUUUAUUAAUUUUAUUUUCAACCACUUAUUAUGUUCCAGGAAACUGAAGGAUGUCACCUGGCAAACAAGCUAAAAAAAUAUCACAUCUUUUUUAAACAGAAGAUGAAAGUUAAAUUAGCAACACAACUUCUAAGUCUGUGGCAGAUGCUUUAAAGUUUUGUAAGUAUACUUUAGAACUUAAAGUAAGUUUUCAGAAGUUGACAGGAUAGUGAAGUUUAUUGAAAUCUUUAAUACUAAAUUCGACAUACUGAACACCAGAUCUAUCAGAUGUAUUGGCAACAAGAAAACUUUGUGUGAUGAAAAUUACCAAGGUAUUUUCAAAUUUGACAAAAAUGCCUUCAGCUUAAGACCCCGUUAAGCGAAGAAAAGUAUGAAGCAGAACGGAGAGCAUGUAAACAGGUCAUGCAGAGGGAAAAAAGAAACCACAUGAAUGAACUAUUGCGUGAGACAGAGCAAGACCACACACAAGGUAGAAUACGGAAUUUUUUCGUAAAGAUUAAGAAGUACAAACAAUUUAACCCUAAUCUGAAAGCUGUUAAGGAUAUUGAUGACAACAUCUUAAUAGACCCAAUUGAGAAAGUAACAAGAUGGAAAAAUUACUUCGAGGAACUGCUUAAUAGUGAAGUACCAGCGAGGCCAGUGCCAGCAUGGAUAGAUCAUAGAGCGGAGCAGGAGGUAAACGAUGUAUCCAAGCAAGAAGUCAAAAAAGCUAUCAACAGUCUGAAGAAUUGGAAAGCGCCUGGAACAGAUGGAAUACCGGCCGAACUAAUAAAAUAUGGCGGGGAAGCACUACACCAAGCCAUAUAUGACUUAUGUCAAAAAUUAUGGAACGAUGAGGAACUCCCAGAAGAAUGGAACAAGGCCAUUGUGGUACCACUACACAAGAAAGGUGACAAACUUAAUUGUAACAACUAUAGAGGAAUAUCACUGCUGAACACGACUUAUAAGGUUUUCUCAAAGAUAUGACUAGGAAGAUUACAACUCUUUUCAGAUGAAUGUAUAGGGGAGUAUCAAUGCGGAUUUAAAAAAGGGAAAUCGACAAUAGAUCAGCUGUCGGUGAUUAGUCAAAUUAUAGAAAAAAAGUUUGAAUAUAGGCAAAAUCUGUGGCAGGUCUUUGUCGAUUUCAAAAAGGCCUAUGACAGCAUUCAUCGGGAAAGUCUUUAUAAUAUUAUGUACUAAUUCGGAAUUCCAAGUAAGCUUAUUUCCUUGACAAUAGUAUGCAUGAAUGGUACAAAAUAUCAAGUAAGAGUUGACAACAUACUAUCCGAAGAAUUCCAAGUGGUAACAGGCUUGAAACAAGGUGACUCUCUUUCACCACUACUAUUCAAUAUUGCACUGGAGAAAGUUGUACGAAGUAUACAAAGGAAUAACUAUGGUAUCGACAUCGGCACAAUCAAGAUUGGUAUUUUAGGUUUCGUUGAUGAUUUGAAUUUAGUUGGUGAUGAUGGAGAGAGUGUGGCCCACAGAAAUUAG